AUGCAAUGUAGAUACUUCAAUUUGACGAUUAAGCAUUUCCAUAGACUAUCAUCUUCAGUGCCUAAAGUCUUGAAUAAUCCAUCAACGACAAUAGAUAUAAUUGGUGACGGUAAUUGCUUUUAUAGAGCCUUAUCGUGGUGGGUUACGGGUGAUGAAGAUUCUCAUACAAUAAUUAAGAAAGAGCUGAAAAAGUUAGUAAGAAAUGAUGAUAAGGUAAUUCAAUUUAUUGGUGGUCAAACUCAGAUGGAAGACUAUUUAAUAAACAACCCUAUUGGGAGGAAUGCGAUUUGGGCUACUGAAGUUGAGCUAUUUGCUGCAGCUCUAUUAAUGCUUGAUCAAUCUCCCUGUAUUAUAUAA